AGGAAAUCCUCCUGUACGAACAUUCAUUACUGAUCCCUUGGUCAAAGAGUCCUUGGCAAAUAACAACUGGCGCUGGCCAUAUUGGGCUUUUGCCAUCAUAAUGCCCGUGGUGCUCUGCCCACUGGCCGGAAUUUUCCAGUACUAUCAGUGGGUGGCCGAGGUUAGAGGUGUCUACAAACGGCUUACACGUAGUGGGCGGUCGCCGGCCCAGUCUAUCGUUUAUUACAUGCAAAAAUUUGCUUUGGUUGGAAAUAUUAUAUUGAAGGCGGCCUUCGGCUUUUCCUGCUACCGCUCACCAUGGACACCUAUGGCGAAAUCAUGUAUGCUUCCCCGAUGUUCAUCGUCCCUCUUGCUGUUGGAGGUUUCCUUCUCGGUUUAUAUUGGUCUUUGGCAACGAUACGGUACCCAGAUGAGCUGCUCGACACCGGAGCCCUGAAGAAGCUAGCAAUCAUUAGUUGCUUUGCGCUCGCAUCCAUCCAAC